UGUGGAGAUGUGAUGUGCUAUAGACCCUUCAUUUUCCUACCGAUCUGCAUUCGUUCAAGAUUACCAAAAUGUGCGUGCACCCUAUCACAGUUCUUCUUCGAAGUUCUAGGCUUCUAUAUAUAUAUAUAUGUUGGUAGGAUAGAAUGAGCUGCAAACAGUUCCAGUGAGAAACAAAGAUAAAUCACAUCACAUUCAUCAUGGGUGCUACACUCCAACUGCAAUAUUUUUCAUCAAUUCUUGUUGUUUCAAUGAUCUUCUCAUUCAUGACUCUUUCAAAAGCUCAUAAGAAUGUAAAAUGGGGUGAUCAAAGUACUGUUCCACACAAAAUGGGUAAGGAGAAGAUGACAAAGUUACAUUUUUACUUUCACGAUGUUAUCACCGGCAAGAAUCCGGUGGCAGUUCAGAUAGCUCAAGCACGGGGAACAAAAUCCUCUGCGACACAGUUUGGAGCCAUGUUUAUGAUAGAUGAUCCAUUAACUGAAGGUCCUCACCCUAGAUCUAAACUUGUGGGUCGAGCUCAAGGUUUUUAUGGACAUUCCGGGAAGGAUGAAUUAUCUCUGACCAUGAGUAUGAGUCUUGUUUUUACUGGUAAUAAGAAGUUUAACGGAUCUACUAUCAGUGUUUUAAGUCGGAAUCCCAUUGAACAUACGAAACGAGAACUUGCGAUCGUUGGAGGAACCGGAUACUUUCAGUUUGCACGUGGGUAUAUAAGCGGCAAGACAUAUCGGGUUAGCGGACCAGAUGCCAUUGUUGAGUAUACUUGUAAUAUUCUUCAUUAUUAAUUUAAGUUUUUCAUGAUUAUAGUUGGAGAUUUAAGUCUUUCGUGAUUCCUUAGGCAUUGGUCAUUAGGUAACAUUUUAUGGAUUUUUUUAAGAUGGUGUAAUAUGAAUUACUAGAUUGUGCAAUGCAAAUGUUA